UCUGUCCUGCUCCAGCAGCCUGCGAGCGAACCGCAGCCCCAGUGACAUCCCUGCUCUUCCCUGCGGGCCGCUGCCAGAGGAGGAUGGAGGCAAGCUUUGCCCAGAUGCUCUGCACGCUCUGCCUGGCCACCACAGUCUGCGCCUUCACCCAGGAAGAGUUCAAGGAGGUGCUGCUGAAGCAGCUGGGGCUCUCCGAGGUCCCUAAGCUUCACAAGAGAGACCUGGUGGACCUGGUCAUCCCAGAGCACGUGAGGAACAAGUAUAUCUCCAUGCUGAAGCGCCACAGGGUGAAGCGCCGCGCCUCGCCGAGCCUGGGCAGCAUCCUCAGGGGAAUCCCUGGCAAUGCAGACAUUUGGGGAGACGUCCUCUAUCCUGACCCCACUCGCCAGAACCUCGUCUUUGACAUGGAGGGGAGAAUACCGAUGAACAGUGAGGUGACAAUGGCCGAGCUGAAACUUUUCAAGAAGCCCUUGGACAGGGCAAACCUGCCUGCUAAGCAGUCUCACAGGCCUGUCUCCAACGCCAGAGUCAGUGUCUACUGGGUGCAGCGGCAGCAUGAUGGUACCAACAGGACCUCCCUGAUCGACUCCCGGCUGAUUCCAGUGCGAGAGUCGGGCUGGAAGAACUUUGACGUGACACAGGCCGUGCACUACUGGCUGCGAAACAAGAGGCAGGAGCCCAUGGUCCUGCAGGUCUGGAUCGAGGGGGAGCGAGUAGGCAGUUAUGCCUCGGAGGUGGCCAAAGCGGUGCGCUUCACCUCGCAGGACCCCAGGGACAAAGCCAUGGGCAAGCCCGAGCUGGUGGUUUAUACCCUCGACUUGGAAGACUACGGGGGCCCCGGGGAUUGCAAGGAUGGCGUGGUGACGGGAAAGUCCACCUGCUGCCGUCAGAAGCACUACAUCAGCUUCCGUGAGCUCUCCUGGACACAGUACUGGGUCAUUGAGCCAGCUGGGUACCAGGCUUACCGGUGCCAGGGGGGCUGCCUGCAGCCUCCCAGGUCCCUGCAGCACUUGGGGGCUGGGGAGCGUGCCUGCGCUGUGGCCGAGACCUCCUCGCUCCCCGUCAUGUACCUGGUCAGGAGGGGCAACCGCACCGAGAUCGAGGCAGCUGAGUUUCCCAAUAUGAUCAUCGAGAAGUGCAGCUGCAUGGCAAAUGGUGCGGCGCUGGUGUGAGUGGCAGAUGGAUGGACAGAACUCAUGACACCUGUGGGCUCAGAGGAGCAUCCAUCCUCACCCAAACCUAUGUGACUUACACCUCGCUGGAUUGGGUGGAACUGCUUCCAGGUUAUUUCAGUCCCCACCCCAGGGGACUGCUGGCACACAGCUGCAGGCAAAAGGCAAGGACAAUGAUCAUUGCCAGGUGCAGAAGUCACACCUGGGUUUGACUUUCAGUUCCUCAGCUCCCAGUGCUCUGUAAGUUUUGGUCCUUUUCUGUCCAAGUCAUGUUUAUUGUGGAUUGCAGAGCAGAAGCACUUACCUGUAUAUAUUGUAUACACACACACAUGUAUACACAUGUAUC